AUGGAUAAUGACUUGGAAUUAGCGAUAAAGAAUGCGGGUGAUCUUAAACGUGUGGAUCAAGGAAUUAAAGACCCUUUGUUAGCUCAGGACGAGACCAAGCUUGAUCUUGAUAAAGAAUCCUCCUCAACCAUAACUCAUACCUAUCGGUUAAACUCCAAGGGUUUGGUGAGUGAAGAGCUUAUUAAGGAUGAUAAUAUGAUGGUCGUUGGUCUAGGUUUGUCCCUCUGUGCCUCGCACGAUGACACGAAACUGGAGACUAAUAAAGCUCUAAGAAACCAAAAGCUGGCACACCCGGAAGCUGCGGAACUGGCUGCCAUCAUUCGCGGUUUUAAAUGGGCCUUGGAACUUGGUGUGCGAAGUAUCCAAUUCUUCUGUGACGACUCCAAUAUCUUGGCCUACGUUACUCGUAAAGCUACACCGAACGAGUCCAUUGUAGCAAAACUUUUGGAGCAAGUGUUUCUUCUUCAGACAAGAUUCACGUCUUGUCAGGCACUUGCUGCUGAAAGCAGAGACAUCAAUUCUGUCAUUAAGCUAGCAAAAGAUGCUAUAGCUUCCCAAACUAGAUGGUGUGAAGGCGACACCGAGUAUGAGAGUUGUCCAGUUUGCUAUGCUUACGUUUCACCUAAUGAUAAGUUUGAGGUGAGCGGCUGCUUCCACCGCAUCUGCGUUACGUGCAUGAGGAAGCCCUUCUCGUCCGAACAAAUUCUACGAGGGAACACAGCAAUCUGCCCUUACCCGGAUUGCGAGAAUGAUCUUGUGCCAGAGGAUUGUAGAGGUUUUGCUGAUGAUGAUGCCAUUACUCUUAUGAUCCAACGCAAGAAGGAGAAGGCGAUCCCGGUUAAAGACAGAGUUUAUUGUCCCAACCCUUCUUGUUCCUUUUUGAUGUCGGACCUCGAUCUCGUACGCAAUAAUCCUCAGCAGACAGAAGCACGGAAGUGCAUGGAGUGCGGCUUGUCUUUCUGCAAAAAAUGCCAUGUUCCAUGGCACUACAAGAAGACCUGCGAUGAGUUCAAGAAGUCGGAGUCUUACCUGAAAUCUGACGCGGCGCUUUUGGAGUCUUUUGUGAAGACUCAGGGAUGGAAAAAGUGUUCCCAAUGUCAGAGCAUCGUUCAACAUGGUGGCGGGUGCAAACAAAUACCUUGCAGAAAUUGCAAACACGAGUUCUGUUACACAUGUGGUGCUGCGUGUAAAAAGAAGAAACUGACAUGUAAAUGCUCGCGUUCAGGGAAAUAAACUUCCAAGGUUUGACUAUAUAGAUCAUUCCAAAUAGUUUCUUAUAUAUAUAGCUUAUAAGACAAAGAUGACUUAUUUUAUUAGUGAUAUGCUACUGUGUGUCUGAGAGCCCACUGUGAGUUUUGUGUGAAACACUUGUUUAGAGGAAAUGAAAAGAUAACAGUGUGAGCUUAUGUAGUCUCUAGACGCUAAAUGCAAAACCGAACAACUAUGUGAUGCAUAUUCAUGAACUUUGUGAUGAAUGCUCGAAUAUGCAUCUCAUGGAUGUCAGACUCGCUCGAAAGAGGCUCAUCAAUCUA